CUGGGAAGGGGCGCCAUAUUGGCGUCGGCCGCGCUGUAUUGUCAUAAAUAGAGCCGGUUUUGUGGUGUUUUCACUACUCGGUUGGAUGCCUCGGCCGUAGUAAGUGAGAAAGUGAGCGAGCAAGCGAGCAAGAAGCGACGGGAGGAAAGUGGACAAGGGGAGAAGGAAGAGCUAGAACUAGACUUCAGAGCGAAAGACACUCGCGGGAGAGGGAGACGCAGGAAGCGAUGAAAGAAAUGUCUGCGAACACCAUGCUGGACAGCCAGCGCCAACAAAAGCACUAUGGAAUUACCUCUCCAAUUAGUUUGGCAUGUCCUAAAGAAAUUGAUCAUAUUUAUACACAGAAAUUAAUUGAUGCCAUGAAACCAUUUGGAGUGUUUGAAGAUGAGGAAGAAUUAAAUCACAGGCUGGUUGUUCUUGGCAAAUUGAAUAAUUUAGUAAAGGAAUGGAUUUCUGACGUCAGUGAGAGUAAGAAUCUCCCACCUUCUGUUGUGGCUACUGUUGGUGGUAAAAUUUUCACAUUUGGAUCCUAUAGGCUUGGAGUACACACCAAAGGAGCUGAUAUUGAUGCACUUUGUGUAGCUCCAAGACAUGUAGAGAGAUCUGAUUUUUUUCAGUCUUUUUUUGAAAAACUGAAACAUCAAGAUGGCAUUAGAAACUUAAGAGCUGUAGAAGAUGCCUUUGUACCUGUUAUAAAAUUUGAAUUUGAUGGUAUUGAAAUUGAUCUAGUCUUUGCAAGACUGGCAAUACAAACAAUAUCAGAUAAUUUAGAUCUAAGAGAUGACUCUCGCCUGAGAAGUCUUGACAUAAGGUGUAUUCGCAGCCUAAAUGGAUGUAGAGUUACUGAUGAAAUUUUGCAUUUAGUGCCAAAUAAAGAAACUUUUAGACUCACCUUAAGAGCAGUCAAAUUAUGGGCAAAAAGGCGUGGUAUUUAUUCCAAUAUGCUUGGAUUCCUUGGUGGUGUCUCCUGGGCUAUGCUGGUUGCAAGAACUUGCCAGUUAUAUCCAAAUGCAGCAGCUUCUACUUUAGUUCAUAAGUUCUUUUUAGUUUUUUCUAAGUGGGAAUGGCCAAAUCCUGUGCUGUUGAAGCAGCCAGAAGAAAGCAACUUGAAUUUGCCUGUCUGGGAUCCCCGGGUAAAUCCAUCAGAUAGGUAUCAUCUCAUGCCCAUAAUCACCCCUGCCUACCCACAACAGAAUUCUACGUAUAAUGUGUCCACAUCAACUCGAACAGUAAUGGUAGAAGAAUUUAAACAAGGUCUUGCAGUCACAGAUGAAAUCCUUCAGGGAAAAUCAGAUUGGUCCAAACUACUUGAACCACCAAAUUUCUUUCAAAAAUAUAGACAUUAUAUAGUGUUGACUGCCAGUGCAUCAACAGAAGAAAACCAUCUAGAGUGGGUUGGAUUAGUAGAAUCAAAAAUCCGUGUACUUGUUGGAAACUUGGAACGGAAUGAAUUUAUUACUCUUGCCCAUGUAAAUCCCCAGUCAUUCCCAGGAAAUAAGGAACAUUAUAAAGACAACAAUUACGUAUCAAUGUGGUUCCUCGGAAUAAUUUUUCGGAGAGUAGAAAAUGCAGAAAGUGUUAACAUAGACUUGACAUAUGAUAUACAGUCAUUUACUGAUACAGUGUACAGACAGGCAAACAACAUAAACAUGCUAAAGGAGGGAAUGAAAAUUGAAGCAACUCAUGUAAAGAAAAAGCAGCUUCAUCACUACCUUCCAGCAGAGAUUCUUCAAAAAAAGAAAAAGCAAAGUCUCUCUGACGUCAGUCGAAGUGGACUUCAAUCCAAAAGAUCAUCUCUGGAUAGCAAUUGUCUGGAUAGCUCCAGAGACACUGAUAAUGGGACACCCUUUAAUUCCCCAGUAUCUACAAACAAGCCUUCUAAACUGGAUAGUCCUCCUGCAGGAGAAACAGAAAGGAAUAGCGUUGAGCCUGCUGCUAUAAUUGUGGAGAAGCCACUGAGUGUUCCACCAGCUCAAGGACUUUCUAUUCCAGUCAUUGGUGCAAAAGUUGACUCUACAGUAAAAACAGCAUCAUCCCCGGCUGUGUGUACCAUUCCUACUGUGGUAGGACGAAAUGUCAUUCCUCGAAUCACAACACCUCACAACCCUGCCCAGGGACAACCACAUCUAAAUGGAAUGUCAAAUAUAACUAAGAAUGUUACACCCAAAAGAUCUCAUUCACCAUCCAUAGAUGGGACUUCUAAGAGGUUGAAAGACAUAGAAAAGUUUAUUCGACUUGAAUCAGCAUUUAAGGACUCCCGUACUGCUGAAGAGAGAAAAAGAAAAUCAUUGGAUGCCAUUGGAGGAGAAUCUAUGCCUAUUCCAACUAUUGAUACAUCACGUAAAAAGAGACUACCUAGUAAAGAACUCCCAGAUUCAUCAUCUCCAGUUCCAGCAAAUAACAUCCGUGUCAUCAAAAAUUCCAUCCGACUGACACUUAAUCGGUAAAAGCAGUGCCUCCUCAAUUAAGUGAACAUGCGAUCAUUUUGUGACAUAGACAGAGCCACUCUUUUCAGAAUAGAAGUGGCUGUCAUACGUAAAAUAAGGUGAAAGUUACAGUCAUCAGCCUGUCGACCUUGAAGUGGUUUUUGAACUCUCACACUUUGACCUGCAGAUGCUGUAGCAUUCUCUCACUGAUUGCUACAUACACUUCUCUGAGGAUCACCUGCUAUCAAAUUGUCAUCUACAGUAUUAUGGCUUUGCAUUUGGAGGUUUUACUGCCUUAACUUUCAAUGCUUGUUUCUCUGUUAUGGGAACCAGUUCUUGGCCACUUGGAUACUGAUAAAACAAGUCCCGAACUAUUUUUUUUUUAAGUCUUAUGUCUGUAAUCAUUGUAUAGAGCUUAAGAAAAAAUGAAAACAAACAAAAAAAAAAUUGUCUUGUAAUUUUCCAAAUGUUAACAAAUUUACUUUUGCAUUGAAGCCACUUUGUGAAACCCGAGAUAAAUGAAUGUGAGAUAUUUUUUCUGCUUUCCUCGGUUUUGUAGAUGUACUGUCUGUUCUGUUGAUUUAAAUUAUUUUUUUCCAGAUUGACACAUAGAUUAUUUAAACUUUUAUUAUUAUUUUUUGUGCCUUUCUGUCCAAAUGUUGCAUAGUUACCAGGGAGGAUUAGUCCAGUGAUUAAAUAAGAGUUGGGCACCAUAAAUUCUCUGUUUUGCCUCCCAUGGAGGCCUUUGAAAUGCAUCUUUACUAAAAAUCAGAAUAUAACCAGGAUACUGAAAGUCAGUAUAUGAAUGGUGAAAUUGUUACAUAUCCUGUCCCAUGCCAUUCUUGUUAGUUGACGGUUCCUUUCCUGAGGAACAGUGCAUUCCAGCAUCAACAAUAAGAUACCUUGAAGUAUGGCAAACUUGUACUUUUGAGGUGUAACAUUAAUUUGGCAUGAUAAUUCCAGACCAUAAUUUACCCCACAACUUCAAACAGUUUCUUCACAGACUAGGCAUGCAGAAUAAGUAGUGGAUUUUAUUGAAACUUAAAGGCAUUUUUGAGUGACAUUGUUACCAACCAUUAAUUGGCUCAGGACCUUUGUAAUUUUUAUUUGACUAUAUGAGUUGUCUUUUUUUACACUGCUUUUUUCAAUGCAUUUCUUAAUAUUUUUUAAGUUUCAUGAAUGCAUGCUCAGUUUAUUAAAAUCCAUAACCAUGUAAUUCUUGUAAUAUGUUGAUUCAGUGUUUUGUAAAUGAAGUCGUAUGUAUUUUCAGAGUAUUUUUGUAUGUACUGUAAGAUACCAUCUUUUCAAAGAGAAACCUUUAAAACCUUUACUGUCUCUCUUUAGUCUAAUUUUUUAAAUAUGGAUUAUGCUUGAAUUAUUAUAUUUAAGAUGAAAAUGUAUAGUUUGCACCAGGAAUGUCAGUAUAUAUUACCUCUUCCAACUUUCAUUCAGCAUUCAGUAGGUCCAUUAGAAAAAAAACAAAAUGGUGUAUUGAAUAGUGCAGGAAAACACCUGGUUGUAUAUUUUAUAGAAUUACAAGACACCAUCUAGCUAGUGGAGAAAUGCAUUGAGUUUAAAUUGUUGAAUUAUGGUUGUCAGAGAACAAUAUUCUUCCUUACUCCUAUUCUAGGACCACUAGGUCUCUAAAAUGCCAAUGCUAAUGUUUAAUUUGUACAAAGGAAAACAUGAAAAAACUUCUUAGAAGAAAAGAAGAGCAAGGAAAAAUGAUUGUUCCAUGAUUCACUUUUUAGCAGAAGAAUGAAAGGAAGUUGUAACUUCCUUGGUAAAGCAUAGCUUACCCCUUUGUUUAUUCACAUAUUUCGACAUUCAUUCUGCAAAUACUCUAUUAGACCAAAAGUGAAAAAUUAUGAAAAGACUUAAAAUUGUCACCUGAAUUCAAACUUGGAAAAAUUUUUUAGUAAGGGAUUUGAUUAAAUUUUAUGUACUUCAUGUGUGUGCUUUUCUGCAUUUAAUAUCCCCUACUUUUAAAUCAACCUUCAAGUCUCUUUAAGAAUUCUCCAUACAUCUGUGUUUGCCUUUGAUUUACCUUGUUAUAUAAACAGAUUCUUUGGAAGUGACUAACAGAGUUUUCUUUAGCAAGAAAGCAAUAAGCCUAAUCUUGUACCUUAGUACGAUCAUUUAUUUUGAAUUCAAGAUCCAUCCAGCAUAAGAUUAAGACGUGGUCAAUGUCUCAAUAUUAGAAUCUUCAAAGAUAGCAUUCUUCAACCUGUUUAGUAACUAACUGAGGACUUGAUUAGAUGCUUUUGAGUUUGGUCAGAGUUGAAGUGUUUUCUAUCCUGACCAGUAUGAAGAACUUUCAAUACAUUUCAUUACCAUAGUAGGAGACCUCCAUUGUACUAAUUCCAAGUAAGUUAAGGAGAGGUAUGGUCUGGGAUUGUAUGUUAUAUUCUGCAGCACUGAGUACAUGUGUUCGUUUUUAAGUAUGAAACUAUAGCCAGAAAUACAUUUUAUAAAGACAGCCUGUUCUUCAGUACACAGAAACAUGUUCAUGUUCACAAGGGUGUUAAAUUUUAAUUACUUUUUAGUGACUAGCUCUGGAGAAUAGUGUAUAUCAAAGGAAAACAGUUCUCUGCUAUUUAAACUUUUAGGCACCUAACCAAUUUGAGAUAGAAGGUGCCUGGAUUAGAAUUGUAAAAAUUGGCACAGAUGAAUUUUAAAAGUAUGUUGAUGUUUAAAUUAAGAGUAACUUUGUCUUAAGGCAGUAAUUUAGUAGCAUUGUUCAAAUGCUUAUUUGAUUAUAGCAGCAAUUAAGUGGAAAUGGGCUAUGUCAAAAUGGACUGAAUUUAUUUUUCACUAUGUCCUACAGCUUUGAAAUAGGAAUUCUUAACUUGGGAGUCAUGAUCCCUUAAGGAAACCUUUGUAAUUUGUAUAUAGGAAUUUUUAUUUAUAUGCACUUUUCAGGGGUAGGGUGGGGAGUUCAUAGCUUUCAUUAGCUUCUCAAAGUGAUUCAUGACCUUAAAAGGGGGAAACUACUGGGUUGGAAUAAUCCUGAAAUAUUUAGAAUUUUCUCCAUUUGAUGUUGUGUUGUAUGUCUAUAAGUGUGCUGUGGAGGACUCUGAGAAACGACGUUUGGAAGUGUAUUUACUUAAGGUGAAAUGUGGUUUCAUCAACAUUUACAAAGUGCUCACUAUCGGAUUUACAAAUGUCUUCAUGUUAACUUACGUUUAUUAACAGUAUUAAAUUUCAGUUCAACAAAUUUCAACUUGAGAUUGAUCAAAGUCUGAUCAUUAGAAAUGGCAGAAAGCAAUCAUUAAAGAUUCCAAUCCUUUGAUUUCAAUAACAUUAAGUUCUUACUUCCACCUCCAUUUUUGUAGUCCAGUCCUGAACAGACCAAUAAAUAGAAGAGCUUUGACUAAAAAAGCAUGUGUGUUUAAACAGCUAUCUAUUAAAUUGUCCAAAGCUUGGAAUUUAAGUGCAGAUGAUGGAAGAAAACCAGUCUCAAUAAUGGUAACUAUUUCCUUAGGAUUUUUUGAAAGAAUUCUGCAAAUUCACAUCCUUCCCACAUUCCCUAUUUUUUCUGAAAUAAUUUUCUGAUAUAACUUUAUAUCUGAAGUUAGUUGAACAAACAAUUAUUAAGCUGGCUAUAAUUUUUAAGCUAUUGCUGCAUUUUAGCAAAUACUCAAAAUUACCUUAUGAACAACGUAGGGUAUGUUGAUGUAAAUGGUGCUACAUCACUCCACAGUAUUAUGUAUAGUGAAUGCAGCUGCUGUUCCUUUCUAGGUAGCCAUUUGUGUAGUUCAUAUUUUUCCUGCCUUUCAUUUGGAUUGUCUAAUUCUUAGUUGUACACAUGAGCCUCAUUAUUUGUC